GUAUGCACGGAGCCAUCACGCAACUCCUUAUAUGGAUAGUAAUCAUGUUCAAUUCUCAGAAUUACAACUUGACAAAACAAGCUGCAAUUUUUCUCCCGGUGUGUCUUGCAUUCAUUAGUUACAUGACAUCACAAUUCAUCAUGACAUCACAGCAACAGAUGAUGAUAUUCAGCAUCAUACUCAUUAUGACAUCACAAUUGAGUUUGCUAUAUCUUCAAACUCAGGUGCCCAUAGUGCAGCACCCGCAACCCGUAAAAUCUGUGGCCCGUUGUAUAUCCUGGCUUCACAAAUCUAGAAAGUGGCAGGGACAAUAUGACCCAGAAUCCAUAGUCCUCCUAGGACACUCAGCAGGGGGACACUUAGCAACUUUGCUUGCUCUUGACAACACAUAUCUCACGAAUGCUGGAUGUCACCCAAGUGUUAUUAAGGGAAUCAUAUCGAUGUCUGGGGUAUACUCCGUACCAAGAAUUGCAACAUCGUGGAUGGCAAAACACUUCAUAAUCAUCCCAGGAUUUGGAACUGACCAAUCAGAAUGGGAGAAAUCUUCACCUCUCACCCAUGUGAAAAAUCGAGCCAUGAAUGGCAUCGGCAUUCCUAAAUUUCUCUUAUUCUGUGCUGAAAGUGAAUUUCCAUUUCUACAAAAAGAUGCAAGUGAUUUGAGCGAUAAGUUCAAUGAAUUUGAUGUUUCGCAUGAAUAUUUUACCAUCAAAGGGACCAAUCAUUUUACUAUCGCAUCAAACUUCGGUAGAUAUUCAGAGCAUUAUAAUGAACAUGUUACAAAACGCUGCAUUGACUUUAUACUAGGGACAGGAUCAAUGUGAAGAAUUGUUAUACACUGUACACUUAAAUUGUAAAAAGUCUUGAAAUGUAUUAUAAUUUAAAAAAUAAAGUCAAUUGAAUAUCAUUCCAU